CGUCAUACGUAUUGACGCGUCACCCAAACGGUUCGGCGCAAAAUUCAAACACUCGGUCGUGAGAAAGCCCUUGUUGUUUUUCGACUUUUAUAAAUCUUCCCUGGAUGUGACACAUUUCAUCAUAUUUUCAGCAAGUAUAAUACAUGUUAUGGUAAGGUUUACGUCGAUGUCCAUGCCCGUUAAACCGCCUGCUAUAUUUUAACUUUGCGUUCGUGUUUGCAAUGCUAAGUAUAAGCAUUGUUAUUAUGCUAAGGCUGUUUACGAAGUCACGGUGCUCGCUAGAUUACAUUUUAAAUGACAACGUAAGUGAUUUACCUUGUCGUGGUUUUCCAUUCUGCUGAGUUAAAAUACCACGUAGGUGCAUCUAAGUACAAAAAAUGUGGCAACGGGUGAAUAUGAUAACCUAUAUCAUACGGAGCAGGUACGUAGUAAACAUAGUAAAAGCACUAUGUUGUCUGUAUUGCAUUUAAAAGGAAAGAUCGACCUUAUGAAUGCAAUCACCUCUUUUUCUCAUUCAAUGAAAGCAGGUAAGUGUGGAAUUUCAGGAUAUGCGUUGCAAUGCAAAAAAAAAUAAUGGUACCACCCAAAUUGUGUUUGUAAAUAGACGUAUACUUUUUGGUAGCAGCACACCAAUAAUGCACUCUAAGCAUUAAUGUAGACCUUAUGAACAUAUUUAUAUUUGUAGAAGUUGCAUCCUACUGGACAUAUGGUAUUGUUGUGCUGUUAGAAUAGUUUCUUAUUUGGAUUCUACCUUUAAUCAAGAUGAGUGCAGCCACCACACCUGUCUCUCGGGUGCGACAAGGAUGGACAUCGUCUAUGAAAAACAAGGGCCUAUCACCAGCGGCCUGUAGCACACCUUUGCUUGUGGCCUUCCCCGGCAACGAUGAUGAGAAGGAGCGACGUCAUCGCAGACGGUCAAGAGUAAUUGACCUUCAAAGUGCUACAGAUUCCUCUUUAAACGACUCUGCACCACACAGUGCCACAGGGACACCCGCUGCUGUGCCAAAGUUGUCCAAUGCUCAAAUCUCAGAACAUUACUCCACCUGCAUCAAACUCUCCACUGAGAAUAAAAUUACGACGAAAAAUGCCUUUGGUUUACAUCUUAUUGAUUACAUGGCUGAUAUUCUUAAACAGAAAGAUUCAGAGCUUACAAACUUCAAGGUGGCAGCUGGUACACUGGAUGCCAGUACCAAGAUCUAUGCUGUCCGGGUGGAUGCGGUUCAUGCUGAUGCUUACAGAGUACUUGGUGGCCUUGGGGCUGAAACCAAACCCGGAGAAGACAACGGAUUAAAAGAGGAAGAGGAAAAUGAAGCCGCUGAGGUCACUACCAAGCAACCAAAGAAGAAGAGACCCCCGAAGAAGACUGUGGAGCAGAACCUGAGCAACUUAAAUAGUGCUGAGUCCGAGAGGAAAUGUGAGGUAGACCCCAUGUUUCAUCGCAUGGCGUCGUCCUUUGAUGAGAGUAGCACAGCUGGGGUCUUCCUGUCUGUUCUCUUCAGUGAAAACAGUCGCUGUGAGCUGCUCUUUCCAUCCCACAUGACCCUUCUUCAGUCUACAACCUCCUACUCUCCCCCACCUGCUAUGGCUGUCCUUACAUCCCCAUUCAUGGCUGGGCUGCAGCAGUGUCAGGAGAAAAGUGACAUCUGCCCCUCUCUGCAGGACUUCUCCUUCACAAGGUGGAACCCUGAACAGACAAUGAACCAACUUUUGGAGAAAAUGAAGCAGGGUGAACACGUUUUUGACAUCAAUGCUGAGCCUGAACCCGAAGCUGAUGAAGAGGACUAUCCCGAAUUUGAUGGAGACUACGAGGAGGAUUUGGGUGACUGUGAGGAGGGGCUAAAGGAACAUAAAUACGGUUGUGAGGCCUCGGGUUCUAAAACAGGACGUGAUGUGAUACCAAUUGGAGAGGGAGAUAUCGCCACGAUGUGUCUGCAGCUGUCCACUCAGCCCAGGGAAUAUUCGUAUUUUAGCCCAAGGACAAUGGCCACGUGGGCUGGACCAGGCUACUGGCAGUUCAAGCCAAAACACAAGUUGGACCACUUGCCUGACAAGGAGACACGGAAAAAGAAGCCCAAAAAAGCCUUUGAAAUAGACUUCAACACCGACGUCAACUUUGAUACCUACUUCCGCACCACAAGAGCUGCCACCACGAUCAGCAAGUCUGCGCUCAGUUCCUGUAACAAGAAAACAACUCUCCCAGCAGACUUCCAGUUUACACCAGAGACUCUCUCCCAACUCACUCUUAAACCCUCCAUAUCGUUAUGUCAAGAAGCCCAGAAGAGGUUGUCUGGAGAGCUUGGAGAAGGCAUUGGCGACUAUGACUACAACAAUCCAAACGAUACAGCCAACUUUUGUCCAGGUCUUCAGGCUGCUGACAGUGACGAUGAAGUGGAAGGGUUUCCCGACUCUGACGAUACACAACCUUCAGGAGAGAGUUUUCCAUUGCCCUCACAAGAAGGGAUCUCGACUUAUGGCGAUGGAGAUCUUGUACCUGAACCACAGAGAGUCAACAAGAUUGAGCUCAAUUAUGCUAAGACAGCCAAGAAAAUGGACAUGAAGAGACUCAAGAGCAGCAUGUGGACUCUUCUAAGUGAAAGCCCAGAGGACGUGGAGGUUACAGAGAAACCUGAGGUUUGUGAGGAAAAAGUCUUCAGCCAGACCACAAAGACCUUGCUUCAAAGACUACCCACCACAAUGGCUCAGAACCUGUCAAUACCUUUGGCAUUUGUUGCUCUGCUCCAUCUUGCAAAUGAAAAGAAUUUGGAGCUGGUGAAGGUUGAUGACAUGUCAGACAUCAUCAUCAGGCAAGGCCAUUGAGAAGAAAAGUAUUGGCGUAUUAAAUGUUUUAAGUCGAGUUAUGUUUUUCUAUUUUUUACCACACCUCCGCUUAAUGUGUAUAUGUCGUGUCUCUCAGCUGGCUUCCAUAGAUUUCAGAGAAAUGUAAUCAGAUUGGAUGGCAUGUCGCAAUAUGGAAAAGUUGUGUUUUUAUUGUUUUUGUGAUAUUGUUGAGCAAUAUCUAUAUUUGCUCAUUUUUAUUUUGUUUGCCCAUUGGACAUUGCUGCUCUGAUUUAAAAUAUAAUAAAUCAGAACUCACUCAACAGUAA